AUGGGUGGCGGAAAGUUUCGUCAUCGUACGAGCAACAAAGGAGCCGCUAAAUUCAAUGCCGGAUCUGCGUAAGUUUUGCCUAUUUACGUGUAAAAUUGAGAAUGGCUAGGAAAAAAGGAAUUUAAGCCUGUAGCCGCACUGUCUUUUUAAUCUUGAAUGUCACGAAUUUAAGUAUAAACAAAAGUCGAACAAGUAUUUUGCAGAUGUGAGAGCAACCCGACGCGCAGCAAGCAUAGAGCCGCAGCAACAGCCGCUCGAAAUGCUUCUUUCGGUGGAGCCGGCAUGCUGGCCGUCGAAGACCGUCCGAUGAACCCAUCGGCCGACGAGAUGCUCGCCGCUCUUCCGAUCCAGUCGAUGGACAUCGGAUCCUCGUCGAAAAGUAUGGUUUCAGAAGGAGGACUCUCCAAACUCACCGAGUUCACCGCCUGCACCAAUCCGGCGUUCGAUUCUGUCAAUCGUGUCUGGAAGUAAGCUUUUUGCAUGUAUUUUUGAAAGCUUCUUUUCAAAUCCUUCUCAAAGUUAUGUUUUUGAUCUUUUCCAAAGCACGAGCCGUAGACUGAUAGAUUUCUAUCUUCAGAUCUGGGUCCUCUAUUCAAGCAGAGGUUGUCUCGGUUUUGGCAGCAAUUGCUGAGGUCAUCAAGGAGCGGGACGGUAAUAGACCUCCUUCCGAAGACCCUAGGUGCUAAUUCUAGGUGAUUUCAGGUAAGGAAACUGAUGUGGAGUACUGCGCCGCGCUCAUGACUGCGCUCGAGGGAUCCUCGUUGGGCAAUCCGAGAAGAACGGCCGCCAUCGCCUAUUUGCUCCAUUUGAUUGUGAGAAAAGUGCCGAAAGAGGUGCUCCAAGCGCAAUUUCAUCGAUUUGUACAGGUAGGCGACUGGAAACGUGAAAACUGAACUGACCUUUCCCCAUUUUCCAGAUCCUGUACACGAAACUGCUCGAAAACGUGGACAGCACUGAAGGAUCCGCUCUCAAGAACCUGAUCUCGGUGCUCGGAAUAAUUCUGCGGGCUCAACCGGCGUCCGUCUGGUCCAGCGCGAACACCCGCAACAUGCUCGUCUCCGUGGCCGCUCUGGCUGCUCACGACAAGCCGUGGGUCCGCACGAUGGCUCGGCGAGUGAUCCGCGCGGUGCUUACCGAUCCGGUGACUGCCACGGAUAACGGCCUGCAUCCGGCAAGCGGAGCCGUUGGUCAGCUGAUUCUCAAUCACAUCGAGAACUAUCUAGGUGAGCGUUUUCUGUGAUUUCUUACCAAUUUCAACCGCAUUUCCAUUGCAGCUCGUUCUUCUGGCGACAACACGAACGUCGUUCGUUUCCUGUGCCUUCUGGAAGGAGUCAUGCACAAGAUGCCAUCUACUCUGUUCAAAAAUAUGGCCGAAGCGAUGCUCAAAUGCUUUGCCAUAUCGGAUCCGAUGAUCAAGUGCUCUUCCCUUCAAUGUCUCCAUCGUGCUCUCCAACGUCAACCGUGCGACUCGGCUCUUCCUACCGAAACGAACAGUUUGCUGCUCACUGCUCUCCGCCAGCUGGGCUCUUCUGUUACCGACGUCACAGUGACCGCCUACUGGAUGCAAGCUCUCGCCGAGGCGCACGUGUGCCUGACUGCCAAGGAUUCGAAGAAAUCCAUUCAGCAGGCCUUCCAAUCUCUUCCGCUUUUCGUCAAAUUAUUCGAAUCGGGAAAUGAGCAAUUGGCUCAAGUGACCUACCAGUCUCUGACCAGAGUUAUCGAGAAUUGUGUGCAAGACGAUGCGGAAUGCGGAAAGUUCCUGCUCGGGCAGCUCCACGCAGCAAUGACCAUGAAGUCGGCGUCCGUCUGGAAGUUCAUCCUCCGAGCGCAGAUGAAACUGUACGAGGCGUGCGGAGAAGGUCUCCAAGGACAAGAACUCACGAAGGUUAUUCAGGAUUUGGCCAAGCUCAGACAAUCGGACGACUGCUUCUGCAAGACUGAACUGGACUUUGUAAGUGAAAGAAAUUUACUAAAGCGGAAGUUAUUUUCAAAUUUCAGACGAUCGGCGCCGCAGUCCGUCACAUCGGUGUCGCCCACGUAAUGGCUAUUCUCUCGUUAGAAGUUGACCCCGAUGCCGCGAUUCUCUCCACGGACUUCACCCGUUCCUGGCUCCUUCCGGUGCUCCGUGUCAACAUACACAAUGCCCCCAUCGCCCUUUUCACCACCCAUUUCCUUCCAAUCGCCAUGAAGAUUCACAGACGUCUUCCAUCUCUCCAACCACAAGUUCAACGUCUCUACACGACAUUCCAAUUUCAGCUCUGGGAGCUGCUGCCCUCGUUCUGCGAAUCUCCGUCAGAUUUGGAGACCUCUUUCCCGGAUAUCGCUCCGAUUCUCGGUGCUGCUCUCAAUGAGCGAAAAGAUUUGCGAAUGACGGUGUUGAAUGCGAUCAGAAGAGCCCUCAGAUUCUCGCUGCAGCCGGAUGCGUCGCCGGAACGAGUGGAGGUGAUGAGCAGAUACGCGAAGAACUUCAUGCCGAUCUUCUUCAACAUGUAUACCGGAUCGGUGGUUGACGGAGGAUACGACGACAAGGGAGUGCGGCUCUCAGUGCUCGAGGCGAUCCGUUUGUACACAGAAGUCACUCCUUCCGAUCUCAUAACUCGCUACGUGGACAGUGCCAUCGACAAAUCGAAAGACAACUCGGAAGAAGCGACGACGACGGCUUCUCAGAAGCAAGCACGCGUCCUGGACAUUCUGUGUGCUCUUGCGAGAGUUGCCGAAAUGGACAAUGUGUCGAAGAUUCUCGACACAAUUCACCCAUGGUUCAACUCCACCGAUGUCAAUGGACUUCAGAAGAAAGCGUACAGAAUUCUUGAAGAAGUCAUCCAAAGAAGGUCGUCUCCGGAAAUCGAACAUCUUCUGGAAACGCGCAACGAUUAUGUGGAGAAUGCGCUGCUUAGACCGAUUGAAACUAUCACAUUCCCGGCUAGAGCUUCUUAUGUAAGUUUGAAUUUCCAGUCUCAUCGUGUAUUGUUCAAUUCCAGUGCUCCUGUGUUCAUAUGCUCUUCGAUGGUUGCUCAACUAUGAAAGAGAUCACAGAGCUUACCGAGAAGCUCAUUCGCAACAUCAUCCUGCUCCUGGACAAGGACAACAAUGUGCACACUCGCACGAACGCAUCCAAGUGCAUUCAGUUUGUGUGCAACAAACUGCUCGAUCUGAUCGAGGACCCGAAUGCCGAUUCCCCAGCCGCUGUGCUCGACCCAGUUCUUUCUCAGCUCUAUGAGCUCACUACGCUGACUGCAUCCCAAAAAAGCAGUGGAGACAUUCCGCUCCACGUCGCCCGUUCGUGCCUUGUCGCUGCCAACAUCAUCGCUCAGAAGCAGAUCAAAGUGCUCAACACUAUUGCCACGUCAAAAAUGAUUUCAUUUGCUUGCUCUUGGAUCGGGGAAGGGCGUGCCGCUGUCAGAAUUCUGGCGAUCCGUCUGAUGCGUGUUCUCUGCCAGAAGAUUCCAGAAGUUGUGCUCCAGCAGUUCCGUGAACAACUCCUCACUACUGUCUUCGAAGGACAGCUCACCAGCGAUCUGACUAUCAAAGUUCGCAAGGCAAACCGUCUACUUCUGGAGGUUCUCGUUGAGAAAUUCGGAGCGAAUGUGCUCGAGAAAUACACGGAUAAGCCAGAUUGGCUGAAACAAAUGAAGAACAUUGAUAAGAUCAGAAAGCGUAAACUGAGAAAGGCCGCUUCUGGAGAGGAUAUGGAGCACGACGGAGACGAUGACGAUGGACAGAGUGCCAUCAGCGGAUCCAACGUCUCCGGAAGAACUGCAGGCGCAGACACUAUCUUGGAGCUCCUGGAAGACUCUGACGAGGAUAAUGACAGCGAUUCGGAGGAGCAAUUGAUGAAGAGAAGCCGCGUUGGAAGUGUCUGGCUGAAGAACGAGGGAGACGGAGACGUUCCGAUGGAUCUUCUCGACUCUUCAAGAAUGAUUGACCAGAUUACGACGAUGAAUCCGGCGAUUUUGGAGAGAAGAAAGAAGAAGGCGUUGGAGAAGCGAGAGAAAGUGGAGGCGGCAUUCAAGUUCACGAGAGACGGAAAGCUGAUUGUGGUGGAUGGAGAUGAGGACGAAAAAGACGAUAGAUUCAAGGGAGCCAAGAGGAAAAUCAGAAACGGCUUGGACGAAAUGGACGAGGAGGACGGACCGACGGUCGGCACGAAGAGGACGAAGCAUAACAGCGACUCGGAGGACGGACUGUUGAGCGACGACGAUGAUGAGGGCGACAAGAAGACGUUUGUGAGCAAGGCGCCGUCGUACGGAGGAAAGGGAAUCUACAGGUGAGAAAUGGUCAAAAUCAGCAUUUAUUCAAUAGUUUUUCACUUCAAAAUGUACAAAUUAUUGGCAGUGUUUAUGAAUGUACAGAGACGAAUACAUUGCUUCUUCCAGAGAUACAUCCGGAAAGUCGCAAGUGGGCAGUUCGGUUGGCGCCAAAAAGCAUCAGCAAUCGAAACAGCGUCAAAAGCAGCAGCAGACGGAACCAAAGAAAAAGGGUCUGCAGCCGUUCGCCUACGUUCCGUUGCGCAACAAAACCGCCAAACAGGACGUCCGACAGAUUCUGAAGGCGAAGCGGAAGAGCGGAAAAGGCGGCGGAAAGAAGGUCACUUUCUAG